AUGAACAGUAUCCGCGACAGUCAGUCUUCCUAUGGAGACCCUCGAUACCUAUCCACCAUGACCGCCUCCGACGCCCCGGCACCGGUUCAUGGCACGUCGCUUGUUGAUGGGUAUCGGGAUGCUCUAGACCCCCAGCAUGAUGACCGGUCGCGGUAUAACCCGCUCAACCCGUCCCACCCGCGCAGCUCGGCUCUCUUGCAUGCCAACGACCCCGUGACAAUGUACUUGUUGACCGAGACCGCCAUCGGAGAUAGUGUGAACUAUGAAGUGCUGUCCUUUGACGAGGUGGAGGAAUUGAAAAGGGAAAAGACAGUACUUUCCAGUCGCAUCGAAGGCACGAAGCGGAAAUUAGCGCUGGAAACGAAACUCCGCGAUGCUGCUCAAUCGCUCGGCCGACUUUACAGCCCGCCCAGUCCGCGGAGUAGCGGCGAGUACGGCGCGAAUGGAACCACACACCGGCGGAGUCGCAGUAUUUUCGGACGGAGUGGUACUUCGGAGGCGCUGGACAAGAGUGAUUCAGAGCUCGCGGUGAGCCAGCGGAAAUGUGAAGAGCUAGCGCAGGAGCUGUGGAAGCUGGAAACGAGAUCUCAGAAGAUCAACCAGCGUUUGCUGGAGCAUACCGCAGGUGUGCUGCAGAUGACACACAAGGGUCUGAAGAAGGGACCGAAGAACCCUGCUCUGGGUGGUUCAGAAAGUAUUUACGACGCACACGAAUUCGACGAUCGCAGUCUUUACCGGACGACCGAACAUUUGGAUAGCUUUGGCGUGCACGGCAGAAUUGAGACGAAUGCCGCUGCGGCCAUGAAUACUGAAGCCAUGCAGGCGACCGAGAGACGACUGGAGGAACUCAGUGAACGUAUGCACGAUAUGAUGAUCCAGUCCAACCCCGGUGAAUUCAUCGACCCUCCGCCUCACCCAGCUGCGAAUGGCGACCCGGUCAAUCCCACAGCAACAGUCGAUGCGCACCUGGCAUACAUCCAGAAUGGUAUGAACAAUCUUGUAUUGCACACGGGAACCGAAGCUCCAGCUCCUGUGGCUGUGAGCGAGGUCACUCCAGAGGCCGAAAGCGCCUGGAAGACCAAACUCACCGAGAUCAACAACCGGGUGCAGACUAUCGUUGAUCGGUUUGGCUUGACACGUUCACCGACAUUGCCUCCGCCUCCUGAUGCCAACCAUGGUGAUGGACUAGAGGAGCAACUCUCUUACCUUCAAACUGGUGUUGAUGGUCUGGAGAGCCGGGUAGAUGGCGUGUUGGAGCAGAAGAGCAUCCUCACAACCCAAAUCCAACAGCAGCGCGAGCUUAACUCCAAGUCAGAUGCUGAGCGAGAUGCCCAUAUCGGUGAUUUGACUGAGCAGUUGACCCACGUGCGCAGGGACCUGGAAGUCUCCGAGCGCGAGGGGAAUGCCAACCGCGAGGAGCUGGCUCUGGUUCUGGAACAGCUCGAAGCCAUGCGCCACAGUGGCUCUUCUCAAGAAGAAGCAAAGGCUGCUCUUGUUCAGACUGAGGGUGAGGUUGCGCGCUUGCAGAGUGUUGUCAACUCGUUGCAUCUUGAAUCUGAUGCCAGGAUCAACGAAGUCAGUGAAGCUCGCGAUGCCCAGGAUCACGCCGAGGCUGAGGUCAAGCGUCUGCAGGGUGAAAUUGAAUCUCUAGAGAGAGACACUGAGGCUCGAGCCUUGGAAGUUAGUGAUGCUCGCGACCGCGCAGAAGGCGAAGUCCAACGUCUCGCCAUCCUCGUUGAAACGCUACAGAAGGAUACCGGUGCGAAGUCUAAGGAGGUCAGCGAUGCUCGUGACCGUGCCGAAGAAGAAGUGGAGCGACUAGAAACUGUUAUCCAAACGAUGCAGCACAAACAUUCUGCCCAGACUGAAGAGAUGAAGGAAUCGCUUUACCGCGCAGAGAGCGAGGUGAAGCGUCUGCAGGAUGUCAUCGAAUCUAUGCAGACCGAGUCUGCUGCUCACUCUGAGGCUAUAAUCGCGCGCGAUCAUGCCGAAAGCGAGGUGACUCGCCUGCAGGUUGUCAUUGAGUCGAUGCAAAAUGAUAGCGAUGCUCAAACCAAAGAGAUCAAGGAGUCUCGUGACCACGCGGAAAGCGAGGUCAAGCGUCUUGAGGACAUCAUUGACUCGCUGCAGAAUGACACUGCUGUCCAGCAUGAAGACAUCAGAAAUGCCCGUGACCAUGCAGAAAGUGAGGUCACUCGUCUACAGGUCGUCAUGGAAUCCAUGAAGCGCGACUCCGUUGCCCAGGCUGAGGACGCUAGAGAGGCUCGUGAGCGCGCAGAGAGCGAGGUGAAGCGUCUGGAAGACAUCAUCGGAUCGAUGCAGAAUGACACCUCUAGAGACGGAGAAGCACUGGAAGCUCGCGAGCGCGCAGAGCAAGAGGUCGCCCAGCUCGAAGCCGCCAUCGAACAAAUCCGUAACCAAUCCGAUGCCCGUGUUAAGGAGGCCGAUGAUCAGCGUGCGCAAUCAGACGCCAACACAACUCGCCUGCAGAAUGAGAUGACCGAGCUCGAAGGCGAGAUUGUGCGGGUCACCACUGAACUUACUAUGGUCAAGGCAGAGCUGGAUGGUGCAUAUGGCACUCGGGCUGAGCGUGCUGCUGAGGUUGCCUCCAAUCCCAGUGUUCAGAAGGAGAACGAUGCUCUAGUUACUCGAAACAUUGAGCUCACUGAGGAACUCGCUUUACUCAAGAGCCAGCGCGGAGGCGGCGAUCUCCAGCAACGGGCAGAUACCCUCGAAAGGGAGCUUCGCGAGACCAUUGAUGACUAUGAAGCCAUGACCAAGGCCAGCAUUGAAUUCGAGAAGGAACGUGAGCGCUUUGAAAGCUUCAUCGAUAGUCUCCGGGACCGCUGCGAGCAGCUGGAGACCCAACUCGCAGAAGAACGUAUUAGCUGGAUGAACUUGAGUAGUCCCACAUCUGUGGGUCGUGAUGGUGCUUCCGAGACGACAUCUACAAUGGUUCUCAAGAACGAGUUCAAGAAGAUGAUGCGUGACACACGUAACGAGAAUAUGAAGAUUUUGAGGGCCGAACAAGAAGAGCGUCGCAGAAUCGAGGGAUUGCUGCGAGCCCUAAGAAAGGAGCAUGCGCAGGUGACGGGCAAGAUGCCCAGCUCCGGCGGUACUCCGUUAUGA